UUUCAGUUUUGUCACGUUUUGUUUCUGUUGCCAUAUCAAUGUUUUCACUUCCUGCUUUUCCUAUGUCAGCUCACCCUGUGUCGUUAGCCAGAUUAUGUUCAGCUGUGUACUCACUGGUCUCUCAUUAUCAUCCUCAUCAGUCUGUGUAUUUAAGUCCUCAGUUUCCUCUCGUUCUUUGUCGUGUCAUUGAUGUUCUUGUGAUAGUAUGUUGUCGUUUCCUCCUGCGUUCAGUCAGCUAGCCUUUCAGUCAGUCAGUCGGUCGGUCAGUCGGUCAGUCCUUCAUUCAUUCCUUCAUUCAGUCAGUCGUCCAGCCAGCCAACCCUAUCCUACUUCUGUUCUGUUUGUUUACUCCGCUGACAAUAAAUACCAACCUUCACCUACCUACCAGUGAGUCCAGCGUUUGGGUCCGCCUUCUUUCAUCCACGACUUCAUCCUGACAGAAUGACACGACCCCGCGUUGUGGACCCAGCGGACUCGGAACCUUUUGAGCGGCAGGAGACAGCGCUCCUUCGCUGGACGGAGGAGCUCAGGGGGAAACAGCGGCUCUUCGCUGAGAGAGAGCACGUCUUUGAGGGGACUCGUCUGGCUCUGGGCGGGCCUCGGAGACGCCGCGGUUCUCCACCUGCUGUCUCACCUGCAUCGGAGCAUUCGCCGCGGAGAGUGGGCGUCACCGGCCAAGCAUCGGCUGCUCGCUCUCCCGCCGCUCCGCUCCUCGCUCGCCCGCCAGCCGUCUCACUCACCGGCUCUUCCACUUCGCCACGGCACAGCGGCUAUGCCUCCCACCUCGGCUCAACGGAGGCUCCCGCGCCAGAGGCUCAGCUGUUCACCCCGCCUGCUUCCUCUUCCCGGAGAAAGCGGCGCACACGCCGUCAUAACUCGGACUAUUCUCAGCAACUCCCGGUGGUGAGUUCCGGUGACUGUUUUCCACACCCUUCAUCCUAUUGUCCACUCAAAACUCAUAACGGACUCAUUUCUGAUUCAUGGGGAACUUCCCUCCUAGAGGAUGAAGUGGACUGGGAGGAUUUUUUCUGCUCUGCUCCCCCAAAGACUGUUCAGUCAAAGACUGUAAAUAGUGGUGGCAGAAGGACCAGAAUAAAUCCCGAUAGACCUGUCACCAUCACUCACCCAGUCAUCAUUUCCACUCCCAUCAGUCAGCCUACACCCACACCUGUGCCAUCUCCCAGGGGGAGGGCAGCUGCGACCCAGUCUACCUCCACACCCGCUCCUGUUUCUCGGGUGGGGGUGACUGGUGUCCAGCCACCUCCCGUGCCUGUCCCGGCACCUAGGCUGAGGGCAGCCCGACUCCAACCUGACCAUCCCAGAGGCCCAGCCGAAGCUCUCCAGCCAGUGCCCUCAUGCUCUGGAGGCUCGGAAGAGCUAGCCUGCUUCCCAAUCAGUCCACCACUUCAUCCACCGCCUGAUCCAGCCUUUCACGCACUAGCUCUAUCCCUGGUUAGGCUAGCUGAGGUGUCCCCUGCUCAGGCACCAGCUUUAUUAGCCCAGGCCGUAGUUUUAUCUCCCUCACUAGCUCAGUCUAUAGCUCAGCCACCAGCCUCACCAACCUCAGCUCCGUCGUCAGCUUCGCCUACCUCUAUUCCUCCCUUAGCAUCCCCACUCCAGCCAGUUCACUCACCUGCUGUUCAGCUCCCAGUCCAGCCAGUUCACUCUCCUGCUGUUCAGCUCCCAGUCCAGCCAGUUCACUCCCCUGUAGCUCAGGCUGCUCCUGUCCAGUCACCUGUAGCUCAGGCUGCUCCUGUCCAGUCACCUGUAGCUCAGGCUGCUCCUGUCCAGUCACCUGUAGCUCAGGCUGCUCCUGUCCAGUCACCUGUAGCUCAGUCACCUCCUGUCCAGUCACCUGUAGCUCAGUCACCUCCUGUCCAGUCACCUGUAGCUCAGUCACCUCCUGUCCAGUCACCUGUAGCUCAGUCACCUGCUCCAGUCCAGCCUGCUCCAGUCCAGCCUGCUCCAGUCCAGUCUGCUCCCGUCCAGUCAGUCCAGCCUGCUCCAGUCCAGCCUGCUCCCGUCCAGUCAGUCAAGCCUGCUCCAGUCCAGCCUGCUCCCGUCCAGUCAGUCAAGCCUGCUCCAGUCCAGCCUGCUCCAGUCCAGUCAGUCAAGCCUGCUCCAGUCCAGCCUGCUCCAGUCCAGCCUGCAGUCCAGUCCUCUAUAGCUCAGUCUCCUGUCCUCCAGUCUCGUCCUCUCCAGUCUUUUCCGGUUCCCCAGUCGCCCGUCCUCCAGCCUGUCCAGUCUGUCGUCCAGUCAGUUCAGUCUGUCGUCCAGCCUUCUGUCGCCCAACCUUCUGUAGUCCAGUCACUCAUUCACCACCCACUCCAGUUCCCGGACCUGCAGCCACAGCAUCCAGAGCCAGCUGUGAGCUCUCCCGCUCCUCAGCCAGGGGUCUCCGCACCCGCUGGCCCGGCCGCUCCUCAGCCAGGGGUCUCCGCACCCGCUGGCCCGGCCGCUCCUCAGCCAGGGGUCUCCGCACCCGCUGGCCCGGCCGCUCCUCAGCCAGGGGCCUCCGCGCCGCCUGGCCCAGCCUGUCUCCAGCCAGAGGCCUCCGCGCCGCCUGGCCCAGCCUCGGCUUCUGCUUCGCCAUCGCCAGCUCCCAUGCCGUCGCCUGGUCCAGCCUCAGCUUCUGCUUCGCCUGGUCCAGCCUCGGCUUCGCAUGGUCCAGCUUCUGCCUCGGCGUUAGCCUCGCCUGGUCCUGCGGCUGCCACGCCGGCACCCAGGCCAUGUUCUGGACGUCGUCGCCGGAGCGGCCGCCCACCGGACCUGCUCAGUGGCCGCCGCCGUCUUCCUCGCGGCCGCCCACCGGACCUGCUCAGUGGCCGCCGCCGUCUUCCUCGCGGCCGCCCACCGGACCUGCUCAGUGGCCGCCGCCGUCUUCCUCGCGGCCGCCCACCAGAUCGACUCCAGCGUCACCGCCGGCCACGUGGCCGCCCACCUGAACUGUCUCUGUUUGGACUCCGUCCCUCCAUCCUGGGCCCCUCCGCCCGCCCUGUUUUGGUGUCUUUCUCUUUCGGCCGUCGGGUGCCGGCCUUUGAAGGGGGGGGGGUACUGUCAGGGUUCCUGGGUCGGUGACCCAGUGUUUUCAGUUUUGUCACGUUUUGUUUCUGUUGCCAUAUCAACGUUUUCACUUCCUGCUUUUCCUAUGUCAGCUCACCCUGUGUCGUUAGCCAGAUUAUGUUCAGCUGUGUACUCACUGGUCUCUCAUUAUCAUCCUCAUCAGUCUGUGUAUUUAAGUCUUCAGUUUCCUCUCGUUCUUUGUCGUGUCAUUGAUGUUGUUGUGAUAGUAUGUUGUUAUUUCCUCCUGCGUUCAGUCAGCUAGCCUUUCAGUCAGUCAGUCGGUCAGUCCUUCAUUCAUUCCUUCAUUCAGUCAGUCGUCCAGCCAGCCAACCCUAUCCUACUUCUGUUCUGUUUGUUUACUCCGCUGACAAUAAAUACCAACCUUCACCUAC